AUGUCCCUUUCCAGGGAUGAUUGUCUGAAGUGCCGCAAGCUUGGCGAAGGGUGCACAGCCGAUGUGUACCUCCUCCAGAGACCGAAUGGCGAGGAGAGCGUCGUCAAGGUGAUCCCUGUGGGCAGCGAACGGAACAUUUACGGCGAGCUACCUAUGCCGCUUGCCAACAUCAUUACCGAAGGGGUCAUAACAAGAGAGCUAAGCAACUUGCGCCUUGGUCAGAUGAACCAGACGUCAACUUUCAUCAAGCUGAAGAGGGCUUCACUGGCCUCAGCAGCCUUCCACGCCUGGUCCAGGAGCGCCACUUGGGCAUCCUUUUCCUCGCUGGGCACCAUCCAGCAGCUGGAAAGCAUAUUCUUGCAGGUGGCCUGCUCGCUGGCUGUGGCCGAGCUGGAGCUCGAGUUCGAGCACCGCGAUCUUCACUGCGACAAUGUUCUGGUGAAACGCACAGAGCAGGACUGCAUCAAAUUCAUGCUGAAUGGUCGAGAACUGCUGGUGCGCACUGCCGGCGUCAAGGCUUCAAUCAUUGACUACACACUGUCGCGCAUGCGCAAAGGCAGGGAGGUGGUGUACACAGAUGUGUCGCAUGACACGGCGCUUUUCAAGGGCAUCGGGAGUUCCCAUGAUGACUGGGAAGCGUAUCACCCGCGCACCAAUGCCCUGUGGCUCUCCUACCUGCUGCAUAAGUUGACCGACAAGCUGCCCAGGACGAAGCAAGCCGCAAAGGUGUCCACUAGUGGUGGCCGACUGGCCUCCUGGGCGGACGCAUUGCUGGCGCUGCCAUCAGCUGAGGCGUUAGUGGUCGAGCACGUGGCUCUCCAGCUCGAACGUAAGGCCGAGGUGCUCCCGGAAGAGAGGCGCAGAAAAGGGCCGCAGACCAAAGAGCCGGACGCCAGGAGCACCCGGACGCGCUACGCGUUGCGGUGGAUUCCGUCACAAAGGAAGAUCAAAGACUUCCUCAACCAGUUCAUGCGAUGA